AUGGCUUCCGUACUCAAGCGCAGCUCGCUCAAGCUGGGGAUGAUCCCCGCGGACGGAAUUGGAAAGGAGGUCUUGCCUGCUGCUCAGCGAGUCCUGGAGGCUCUUGGCUCUGCUAUCCCGAAGGUCACCUUCGUGCCUCUCCUUGCUGGCUGGGAAGAGUUCAACGCACGCGGCAAAGCACUUCCAGAGGAGACCAUCAGGGUGCUCAAGGAAGAAUGUGACGGCGCCAUGUUCGGCUCCGUAUCUUCUCCCUCGCACAAGGUCGCCGGCUACUCCUCCCCCAUCGUCGCCCUCCGCAAACACCUCGACCUGUACGCAAAUGUCCGCCCCGUCUCUUCUGUUCCCGGCAUGCCUGGACCUAAAGUCGACAUGGUGAUCGUCCGCGAAAACACCGAGUGCCUUUACAUCAAGAAGGAGGAGAUCCACGAUGCGCCAGGCGGCGGUAAGGUCGCGUACGCAACCAGGCAAAUCACGUCGUAUGCCAGCGAGCGGAUUGGUCGGAUGGCGUUCGAGAUUGCCCUGAGGAGGGCAGAGGAGCGGAAAGGCGCGACGGAGGGGAUCUGGGCGGGCAAGGAGGGGAAGGUGACGAUUGUGCACAAGUCGAACGUGCUCAGUGUGACGGAUGGACUGUUCAGGGAGAGCGUGCGGAGUGUGUACGAUGCCGAGCAGCGGUUCAAGGCGGUCAAGGUGGAGGAGCAGCUGGUGGAUUCUAUGGUGUACAGGAUGUUCAGGGAGCCAGAGAUUUUCGACGUCGCCGUGGCCCCCAAUCUGUAUGGAGACAUUAUCUCGGACGGUGCUGCCGCCCUUGUCGGAUCUCUUGGUCUCGUACCGUCUAUCAACGCCGGAGACAACUUUGUUAUGGGCGAGCCCGUACAUGGCUCGGCACCCGAUAUCGAGGGCAAGAACAUCGCCAACCCCAUCGCUUCCAUCCGAUCCGCUUCGCUCCUCCUCCAAUCCCUCGGUUUCCCCGAAGCAGCCACCAAGAUCAACGCCGCUGUCGAUGCCGUUCUCCUCGAGGGCAAGUACCGCACGCCCGAUAUCGGGGGCAAGUCGACCACUACCGAAGUCACUGAUGCGAUCCUGAAGCUGUUGUAG